GGCGGGGGGCGGGGCUCGGCCAGUCACGCCCUCCCUCUGGGCUUAUUGAGAGUUAUAUCAAGAAAUUCAGUUCAGAGAGGAGAGAGGAGAGGGAGAAGGAGAGAGGGGCAGAGGAGAAGGGAGAGAGCGAGAGCAUGCAAGACAGGAAGGAGCGCCUCAGAGUCUCCGAAGCACGAAAGAGAUAACCGAUUAGGAAUUGUUCAGGCAACUGUCAUCCCGGAGAGCAGCCGGAGACCAACCAUCACCCCAACUCUGACGUCUCCUACAAGAAGUUAGAGACUUAAGCGGUAUUGACAUCGGAGAGAAAUGGUAUGCUUGAUGCUGUGGAAAAUACCCCAGAGCUGAAGAAGUGCAACGGGAUGUUGUGUGUGUGUGAAAUACCCGAAGAGCCCAGACCCCGUGGGUAAUAGAGACGAAAUGUGGAGAGAAUGACUAACGACAAAUCUGUGAAUUUGUUCUCUGGAGUUGCUAAUUUGCCAGCCCGAAGCAACACAUUUUACAAGGAGGAAACGUUUUGCUGCUUCUGAUUUUCUCCCCAAACUGGUGCUACCAGAUGCAUGGCUUUCUAUGUGUUGGAACCAAUCAUUCCUAACUGCAGCAUACCGGGAAAGGGGAAAGGUUGAGGCAACUAACUGGCUGUCUCCAAAUAAGCGAUGAGAUGUAAUGCCUCCUCCAGUCCAUGCACGCUUCCUCUUGCAAUUCGUGCAUCAUUCCUCAGUGGAAACCCUUAAACCCUAAAAUCCGGGAAAAGAAAAUAAAUACAUUAUCAUGGACCUGAGGGAUUUUUACCUGUUGGCUGCUCUGAUUGCCUGUUUAAGGCUGGAUUCUGCAAUAGCUCAAGAACUUAUUUACACUAUUAGAGAGGAAUUGCCUGAAAAUGUGCCCAUAGGAAACAUACCAAAGGAUCUGAACAUUUCUCACAUCAAUGCUGCCACAGGGACCAGUGCCAGCCUUGUCUACAGACUGGUUUCUAAAGCUGGGGAUGCCCCUUUGGUGAAAGUAUCCAGUAGCACUGGGGAGAUUUUCACAACCUCCAAUAGAAUAGACAGAGAAAAACUCUGUGCUGGAGCCUCUUAUGCUGAGGAGAAUGAGUGUUUCUUUGAACUUGAGGUAGUGAUCCUCCCCAAUGAUUUUUUCAGGCUGAUCAAAAUAAAAAUAAUUGUCAAGGAUACCAAUGAUAAUGCCCCCAUGUUUCCAUCUCCUGUCAUCAAUAUUUCCAUUCCAGAAAACACUUUGAUCAACAGCCGCUUUCCAAUUCCAUCAGCAACAGAUCCUGACACAGGCUUCAAUGGUGUUCAGCAUUAUGAAUUGUUAAAUGGGCAGAGUGUUUUUGGACUGGAUAUCGUGGAAACUCCGGAGGGAGAGAAGUGGCCACAAUUGAUUGUUCAGCAAAACUUGGACAGAGAACAGAAAGAUACCUAUGUGAUGAAAAUCAAAGUAGAGGAUGGAGGCACUCCACAGAAAUCCAGCACAGCCAUACUGCAGGUCACAGUAAGUGAUGUAAAUGACAACAGGCCAGUGUUUAAAGAGGGUCAAGUGGAGGUGCACAUUCCAGAGAACGCUCCGGUAGGCACCUCUGUAAUUCAGCUCCAUGCCACUGAUGCAGAUAUAGGCAGUAAUGCUGAAAUACGGUACAUUUUUGGUGCCCAGGUCGCCCCUGCAACCAAAAGACUCUUUGCUUUAAAUAAUACUACUGGGCUGAUAACAGUUCAGAGGUCCUUAGAUCGAGAGGAGACGGCCAUUCACAAAGUGACAGUGCUGGCUAGCGAUGGCAGCUCCACACCCGCUCGAGCAACGGUUACCAUCAAUGUCACUGAUGUCAAUGAUAACCCUCCUAACAUAGACCUCAGGUACAUUAUAAGUCCCAUCAAUGGCACAGUGUAUUUAUCUGAGAAAGAUCCUGUCAAUACAAAGAUUGCGCUAAUUACAGUUUCAGAUAAGGACACAGAUGUGAAUGGCAAAGUGAUCUGUUUUAUUGAGAGAGAGGUCCCAUUUCAUUUGAAGGCGGUGUACGACAACCAAUAUUUGUUAGAGACCUCCUCUUUGUUGGACUAUGAGGGCACCAAAGAAUUCAGCUUUAAAAUUGUUGCCUCUGAUUCCGGGAAGCCCAGUUUAAAUCAGACUGCCCUGGUAAGGGUUAAGCUUGAGGACGAAAAUGACAACCCACCAAUUUUCAACCAGCCUGUAAUUGAGCUGUCAGUUUCUGAAAACAACCGACGUGGGUUAUACUUAACAACUAUUAGUGCCACAGAUGAAGACAGUGGGAAAAAUGCGGACAUUGUUUAUCAGCUUGGGCCGAAUGCCUCCUUCUUUGAUCUGGACCGAAAGACAGGAGUUUUGACAGCCUCCAGAGUCUUUGACAGAGAAGAACAAGAACGUUUCAUUUUUACAGUAACUGCCAGGGACAAUGGGACCCCUCCCCUCCAAAGCCAAGCGGCUGUGAUAGUUACUGUUCUGGACGAGAAUGACAAUAGCCCCAAGUUUACUCAUAAUCAUUUUCAAUUUUUUGUGUCUGAGAAUCUGCCAAAGUAUAGUACCGUGGGGGUAAUCACAGUGACAGAUGCAGAUGCUGGGGAGAAUAAAGCUGUGACUCUUUCCAUUCUAAAUGACAAUGAUAAUUUUGUGUUGGAUCCCUAUUCUGGAGUCAUAAAGUCAAAUGUCUCCUUUGAUAGAGAGCAGCAGAGUUCCUACACUUUCGAUGUCAAAGCCACUGACGGAGGACAACCACCCCGCUCCUCUACUGCAAAAGUCACUAUCAAUGUCAUGGAUGUCAAUGACAAUAGCCCAGUUGUCAUUUCUCCACCUUCCAACACUUCUUUUAAGUUGGUGCCCCUCUCGGCCAUUCCUGGCUCUGUGGUAGCAGAAGUUUUCGCCGUGGAUAUUGACACUGGGAUGAACGCCGAACUCAAGUAUACAAUUGUGAGUGGGAACAACAAAGGCUUGUUUCGGAUUGAUCCAGUAACAGGUAACAUUACUCUGGAAGAGAAACCGGCGCCUACUGACGUGGGCUUGCACCGUUUGGUCGUCAACAUAAGUGACCUGGGAUACCCAAAGUCUUUGCACACACUCGUGCUUGUUUUUCUCUACGUUAACGACACUGCUGGGAAUGCCUCCUAUAUCUAUGACUUGAUUCGCAGGACUAUGGAGACCCCACUGGACAGGAACAUAGGGGACAGCAGCCAGCCCUAUCAAAAUGAGGACUAUCUCACCAUCAUGAUCGCCAUUGUUGCAGGUGCCAUGGUGGUCAUAGUCGUGAUCUUUGUCACUGUCCUGGUGCGCUGUCGCCAUGCAUCCAGAUUUAAAGCAGCCCAGAGGAGCAAGCAGGGUGCUGAGUGGAUGUCCCCGAACCAGGAGAACAAACAAAACAAGAAAAAGAAAAGGAAGAAAAGAAAGUCUCCCAAGAGCUCUCUUUUGAACUUUGUUACAAUCGAAGAGUCCAAACCCGAUGAUGCAGUGCACGAACCUAUCAACGGGACCAUAAGUCUGCCGGCUGAGCUGGAGGAGCAAAGCAUAGGAAGGUUUGACUGGGGCCCGGCCCCUCCCACCACCUUCAAGCCUAACAGCCCUGACCUGGCAAAGCACUACAAAUCUGCUUCUCCACAGCCUGCUUUCCAUCUUAAACCAGACACUCCAGUCUCCGUGAAAAAGCAUCAUGUGAUUCAGGAACUCCCUUUGGACAACACCUUUGUCGGGGGUUGUGACACCCUUUCCAAACGCUCUUCCACUAGUUCAGAUCACUUCAGUGCCUCAGAGUGCAGUUCCCAAGGAGGCUUCAAGACAAAGGGCCCCUUACACACCAGACAGUGUAACUCACACAGCAAAAGUGACAAUAUUCCUGUCACUCCUCAGAAAUGUCCCAGCUCUGCGGGUUUCCACAUUCAGGAGAAUGAAGAAAGCCAUUACGAGUCGCAGCGCCGGGUUACGUUUCACCUCCCCGAUGGCUCCCAGGAAAGCUGCAGUGACAGUGGUCUAGGAGACCACGAGCCGGUGGGUAGUGGCACCCUGAUCUCACACCCUCUUCCUCUGGUUCAGCCACAGGACGAAUUCUACGACCAGGCCUCUCCGGACAAGAGGACCGAAGCAGAUGGCAACUCUGACCCCAACUCUGAUGGGCCUUUGGGUCCCCGAGGAUUAGCUGAAGCUACAGAGAUGUGCACUCAAGAGUGCUUGGUUUUGGGUCACUCUGAUAAUUGCUGGAUGCCUCCUGGCUUGGGUCCAUAUCAACACCCUAAAUCUCCUCUCUCAACCUUUGCACCCCAGAAAAAAUGGGUCAAGAAGGACAAGCUUGUGAAUGGGCACACCCUUACCAGAUCCUGGAAAGAAGAUAGCAACAGGAACCAGUUCAAUGACCGUAAGCAGUAUGGCUCCAAUGAAGGCCAUUUCAACAAUGGCAGCCACAUGACAGACAUUCCUCUGGCAAAUCUGAAGUCUUAUAAGCAAGCGGGAGGUACUAUUGAGAGUCCGAAGGAGCACCAACUCUAAAAAAAAAAAAAAAAAAAAAAAAAAAAGCUAUAUGGGACCUAAUAACUUUAAUCUAAAUAGACAUGCUAAUACCCUGUGUGUCAGAGCUUUAUGUAUUCAAUAGAUCUCUAUAACUAUGCCCCUUUAUAACAGGGAUAUCCAUAACUUUGUGUUAGCACCAUGGAGGAUACAAAAUUUUACAACAUAAAAGAGAAGAUAGUUCUACUAGCCAUGUGAUCUUGUUUACUAGAAUUGAUUAAACUCUCCAGAGAUCACUCCAUUGUGCAAAUAUCCAUUUUUUUGUUUUUGUUUUGUUUUUUGUUUUGUUGUUGUUGUUGUUUUUUAAUUGAAUUUUACUUUUGACCCUGGACUGCUGCUAUGAACAAUAGAAUAUGCAUUUGGAGAGUAAGAAAGUUCCGUGGAUUAGAGUGACUGACAAACAUAUCCAGUUAGAAAUUUGUGCUCUUUUUGUCAUUGAUUUGUGCUGGGACUGCUAUACUUGACAUUAUACUUCAAGCGAAAUUUAAAAGAUAAGCAUUAAACCUAUCGUGCUGUUAACAACGUUAGUGGAUACUUGUAAGUCAAUCAGUGUUAAAGUAUUUGUAAAUAGAAGCAAGUUAUUAUUAACAACUUUUGUGUACUUACGAUGUUCACCUAAAAACUGUUGUAGCAUAACUCUGUGUUUUAUGGUUGCUUCUUCCUUCUUCUUAAUUUGCCUCUUUGUCGUUAUUUUUGUUGUUUCUUUUAGUGAGGUGUUUCUGCGUUAGUAGUCUGUCUUGACACACAUUGUUCAAAGGAUCUCAAAUACUUGUGUUUAAAAAAAGGUUCUGGAAUCUUGCUUCUUCUGUGACCGCUUAUGAUGCUAGGAUUCUGUAAAAAAUAAAGAUAAGACGAAAAGUUUAUAUAAAAACAGGACUUCUGCAAAAGCUUGGAAAUUCAGAACCUAUUUUCUUGACAUCCUUGUUUUCAGAGUAGGCGAAGCAAAAUCACUUAAUUAGUAGCAUUAAGUGAGAGAGUAAGGGGAAAGUGUUAGCCUUCAGAAAGUAAUAUAAUAUCCUGUACUUGUCACUCAUACAAAACUAAUGUAUCAAAAUUAGCAUAUAUCGAAGAAAAAUUACUAUUCAAAAAUAGUUUCAACUGGGCAAAUGUGUGUCUACAACUUUGUUGAAAUGGCAGAGUUUGUGUUGAUCCUCAUAUACGAUAAUGUUGUUGUAACACAAGUGUUAGACCAUAGCCACAAAAUAUUUAAUGUGUUGUGCCUUCAUGAUGUAACAGAACAUUCUCCAGGUAGGCUAGUUGGGGGAAAUAAAGGGAUAAAUCUCUAAUUAUUGCUGUUUAACUGUUUGUUAUCAUAGUCGGUCAAUGCCUGGCGGGUACCAGCAUCUUGUCACUUAGGUCAAACCAGCAGAGUGACAACUAAUGUUAAUAAGAUCUCAGUUGCACGUGCAAACAAAUCCAAAUUCGAACAUUCUUAGGAGGUUUUUGUUAAGGCAUGACAGAUGAUUUAAACAAAUAAAUAGCAUGCAACAAAAUGUCUUUAUUGAAAGAAGUGAAAGUUAUCUUAAUGCCACGGUUCAACAUCAGUUUAAAAGUAAAAAAAAUAAAUAAAUAAAAAAUUAAAAAAAAAAAGGUUUGCUAAUCUGAUAGUUAAUUUGUUCUUACCAAAAAUAAAAUUACUUUGUAAAUAGCAAUUCACGUUUUUCCACAGUAUAAUGGAAAAUAAUGGGUAGGGGUGCAUUGCUUAUUGCAGUACAUUUUUGUCGGUUUGUGAGGGGUGUUUGAUGACUUUGACAGAAUAAAUAUCUAAACAAUUAUCCUUGUUACUGCUUUGCCAGUUCUACGUUAUUUACAACUAUUCAGCUCUUGCAAUAAAUGUUCUGAAUUCCU